AUGCCAGAUUUGUCCCAUCUCCCUGAAGAGCUACUUGAGAUUAUCUCCAGGAAUGUGGAGGACUGUUUCGUUGGUAUUCAUGCUCGCUCUGUUUGCACCUCGUGGCGCUCCACAUUUCCCUAUCCUGCUUGCCUCUUACGUCCAACAUACUCUCUCCCCUCCUUCGCUGAUUUUCCUUACGAGAGCCAAGGCUUGUGCACCCUUGAGAUAAUCCCUUUGUUCCUCUUAAGGCUCCCAACUCCUUUUGCGUCGCCUUGUGAGUAUUUUCUAGGAAGAAUAUGCCGAGAUGAGUCAGAGGGUCAUAUGGAGCUUCCCUCUCCUUUAUGGAGAUUUCAAGAUCUGAUCUAG